AGUAGGCGGGGCUCUGUUGCUGGAGUAACCGGGCUUCAGUGUUGGUGCUGGCGUCCUCUCCGUCUGCGCGAGACCUCUUUCCCUCUGCUUAGCUCCUGAGACUAUGAAUCACAGUGAAAGAUUCGUCUUCAUUGCAGAGUGGUUUGAUCCAAACGCUUCCCUUUUCCGACGUUAUGAGCUUCUGUAUUACCCAGGGGACGGGUCUGUGGAGAUGCACGACAUGAAGAAUCACCGCACCUUUUUAAAGCGGACCAAGUACGAGGGUCUGCACCUGGAAGAUUUAUUCAUCGGCAACAAAGUGAACGUCUUUUCCCGACAGCUGGUGCUAAUUGAUUACGGGGAUCAGUACACAGCCCGUCAGCUGGGCAGUCGGAAAGAAAAAACAUUAGCCCUGAUUAAGCCAGAUGCCGUUUCCAAAGCUGGAGAAAUCAUUGAAAUAAUAAACAAAGCCGGAUUCACCAUCACCAAGCUCAGAAUGGCGCUGCUGUCCAGGAAAGAAGCAUCAGAUUUUUAUGUAGACCAUCAGUCAAGACCCUUUUUAAAUGAGCUGAUCCAGUUUAUUACCAGCGGUCCUAUCAUUGCCAUGGAGAUCUUGAGAGACGAUGCUAUAUGUGAAUGGAAGAGACUCCUCGGCACUGCCAACUCCGUGGUGGCGCGGGCGGACGCGCCCGGGAGCAUCCGUGCCGUCUUCGGGACCGACGGCAUCAGAAACGCAGCCCACGGCCCCGACUCCUUCGCUUGUGCAGCCAGGGAGACGGAGCUCUUCUUCCCUUCCAGUGGAGUUUGCGGACCCGCGGGCACGGCCAGGUUCUCCAACUGCACCUGCUGCGUCAUCAAGCCCCACGCCAUCAGCGAAGGGCUGCUGGGGAAGAUCCUGAUGGCGAUCCGAGACGCGGGCUUUGAGAUCUCAGCCAUGCAGAUGUUCAACAUGGACCGUGUUAACGUCGAAGAGUUCUACGAGGUGUACAAAGGGGUGGUGUCUGAGUAUAAUGAGAUGGUGACAGAAAUGUAUUCCGGCCCCUGCGUAGCAAUGGAGAUUCAACAAACUAACCCUACAAAGACAUUUCGAGAAUUCUGUGGACCUGCCGAUCCUGAAAUCGCCCGGCACCUGCGUCCCGGGACCCUCAGAGCGACCUUCGGGAAAACUAAGGUCCAGAAUGCCGUUCACUGCACUGACCUCCCCGAGGACGGGCUGUUAGAGGUCAGUAAACAUCCUCGGGUGAAGGUAAAAACCAACAACAAGAAACACUUCUGGAGCCAGUCACCACUAAUCUUGAAAAUCGCACCGGAGGCGUUUGCCGUACAGGAGUUGCCUAUAUUUUGAUUGGUUGGGCCCUGUUUUAGCCUUACAUUACCGUGCUGUUCUCAGUAGUGGAAGAGAACAGGAGACAUUAGAGAAAUACAUUAUCCAGCCUUGGGGCCAGGCCAGAAUCAUACCAUUCAAAAUCAGGCUGUGACUCGGAGCCCAGCUGCCCUAAGUGAAAUCUGAUAAGGCUUUAAAUAAUGCACUGUUCUCUGCUAUUCCAGAAACUCAAGGAACUCCUGGAAUCUUUACGGGUCACUGGUGCUCUUGUUCGAAAAUAAAUUAAGAUUAAUUCGUGAUAGAACAAGUAUUUGUCAUACGUGUUUCUUUCUGGAAACCUUAUCUCCUUUUCUCUUUAUUAAAUAGGAAUGUAGCCACUCAUUCCCUGCCCUCCCAGACCCCAAGUUGCUCAUCGCAGACCCGUCCUGGUCUUUGCUGGCCGGGGGACGGAGUCCCGCUCAUUCUGUUCACUGAUGUCCGCACGUGCGUGUGUGUGUGGUCGCAGCAGCGACUCUGGGCAGUGCAGGGUGCAAGACGCUGCUGGGAGUGGAUGCCGGGGCGAGAGAGGGCUGGAGGGCACGGGCCGGACCGUGUGGGUGCAGGAGGGAGCAGGAGAGGG